AUGUCGUUCGCGCCUUCUCGCCUGCUCAUCUUUGGCGCCACCGGCGCCAUUGGCAAGUACAUCACCGAGGCCGUCCUGGCAGCCAAGCCGGCGUUCUCGCACGUGUCCAUCUUCACGUCGACCAAUACCGCCACCACCAAGCCGGAGCUGCUGUCCCGCUGGAAGGCCUCGGGCGUCUCGCUGUCCGUCGUCGUCGGCGACGUUACCAGUGCCGACGACGUCGCCAACGCCUACAAGUCCGAGAAGCCCGACACGGUCAUCUCGGCGCUGGGCCGCGGCGCGCUCCACGUCCAGACCAAGCUCGUCGAGCUCGCCGAGGCGUCGGAGUCGGUCAAGUGGCUGUUCCCGUCCGAGUACGGCACCGACAUUGAGCACAACGCCAAGAGCCCCAACGAGAAGCCGCACCAGAACAAGCUGGCCCUGCGCAAGUACAUCCGCGAGAACGUCAAGAAGCUGCACGUCACCUACCUGGUCACCGGCCCGUACUUUGACAUGUGGGUGGCCUCGCCCACCGACCCCAAGCUGGGCAGGUUCGACGCGGCCAACAAGCAGGCCUAUGUCAUUGAGGACGGCGAGGGCAAGAUCGGCUUCUGCACGAUGCUCGACGUCGGCAAGUUCUUGGUGGCUGCCCUGCGCCACCCGCAAGAGUCCUUUGGCAAGGCCCUCAAGGUGCAGUCCUUUGUCGUCACGCCCAACGAGGUGGUCGCCGCGUACGAGAAGCAGACGGGCGGCGACAAGUGGCAGGUCACCAAGGUGCCGCUGGCCGAGCUGCAGGCGCUCGAGGAAAAGGCAUGGGCGGACGGCAUUCCUACGGCCACGGCCUACACGCUGCGCCGCAUCUGGGCCGAGGGCGGCACCCUGUACGAGAAGAACGACAACGAGCUGAUUGGCGUCGGCCCCAACGACACGGACAGCCUGGCAACGGCCGUGGGCCGGGCGCUGGCAAGUAACUAA